AUCAAGGAAUCGAACUUCAUCUGUCAGACGAGUGUUAUCGAUGGAUUUCUUCAGGCACGAUUGCUCACUGACCAGAGAAGAAAAAGGGGAUAUUAUAAAGUCUCCUUACUCCUCUCGGUUACAAGCCGCCCUUUUCUGGUUUAGGGAAAUCACGACGGUGGAGAAGAACGAGCGUAGUCGGAGGUAUUUUCGAAGUAUGGCCACGCUCUUGAAGGAGAAGAAGCGGCACUUGUUGACCAAGCAGUACGUCUACAUCAUACACCCCUUCAGCAGGUUCGUGAGGUACAGGCAAAUGUUCAUGUUUGUGGUGUUGUUCUUGUCGAUGUGGAUCGAUCCCUACUUGGGGUCCUUCUACGCCAAAGUGUACUUCAAUCCGAAAAGAGGGCGUAUUCCUGUCGACGGGAUAGAGUUGCUUUUGGCCAUCUGUUACACCAUAGAUCUAACUGUAUGUUUCUUUAUCGGAUACGACGUCGAGAAAACGCGGCAAGUGGUUUUGCAGCAGAAGAUGAUCGCCAAGAGAUACCUGCGAACCUUGUUCUUCUUCGACUUCAUACCCCUCCUCCAUGCUUACAUUGCGUUUUUCUUUAGGGGAUACAUUUCCACAGAGAUCCAAGUGCUUAUAUAUACCAUGAAGAACCUCCGCAUAGUACGAUUAUACACCAUGACUCAGAAUUUCAUGACGGUGUUGAAACGCCUAAGAUUCAAAGAGCUGCAGCGAAAAAUCUGCGCCUUCGUGCUCUUAGGUUGCUUAUUUCUACAUUUCUGUGCCUGCCAUAUAUGCUACCUUGCGGUGACGCACGAACUAUCGGGGUAUGAUAACUCGGACUCGUGGCUACACCGUCUCGAGGCAUCCCGCGCCGUCAAAGUGCAAGCCCUCGAUACCGCCGUUGAAGACCCCGUACAACUGAAAUACCUCCUUUUCAUCCAGUACUACGGAACCUUGUCCGACUACUUGGAGCAGUUCCAAAUCAUCGCGUCCCAUUUCGUGGGCGCCGGAAUCGGCAACUACAAAACCGGCGACGAGAGCGAGAUGAUGAUCUUCUCCCUGCUGCUCAUCACGGGCUUGCUCUACUGGAUCGUGAUGAUCGCCCACGUUCUCCAGAUGUUCGGCGCCGCUAAAGUGUCCGAGUCCUCGUUCGAGGAGCUCCUGAUGCACAUGACCAACUACAUGGUCCGCAACCGGUUCCCGCACAGACUCAAGAGACGCAUCCUCAAGUACUACGACAUCAAAUUCAACAAAAAGUUCUUCUCAGAAAACGCCAUCCUGAACACGCUAUCGGACCAUCUCCGGAUGGAAGUCCUUCUUUAUAGCUGUCGACACAUGGUUUCGAGUGUGCACAUCUUCAGAGGACUGUCCAAAGCGGCCGUGGGGAGCAUCCUGGCCCUGCUCCACCACGAGAUUUACCUGCCGGGGGACCUCGUCAUGGCGAACGACGACCCCAUGGAGACCAACAAGCUGUUCUUCAUCGCGUACGGGACCUGCGUCAUGCAGACCAAGGCAGGAGUGGAGGCGACCCACAUCGAAGACGGCAACCAGUUCGGGGAGAUCGCGCUGGACCAACGCAACCACAUCAGCGUGUUGUACACGGUGCAGGCGAUCGAAGUCGCCGAGAUCUACUACAUCCACGAGAAGGACUUCCAGUACUGCUGCGCCCGCUACCCGGAGAUCGUCCACAAGAUGUCCGGGCUGCUGAAGGACAAGUUGGAGCAGUACAGGAGGAUGGUCUCGUUGGCGGAGGCGGGCACUGGCGGCUUCUACGGGGCCGACAUCAUCACCGAGCUGAGACUGAAAAGAAUCCUCCACAGGGGCAUCAGGCGCGAGUGGAUGAUGUAG